AUGCCGUCUAAAAAGAAAAAUGCUUUUUAUUAUUUCAUGAUGGAGUUCAAAAAGAAAGAAGAGGCAAAGGGUCGUAAUUUUAAGUCGAUCCAUGACGUUACGUCGUUAGCUGGAGCUAUUUGGCCGAAAAUGAAUCAACACCAACGCCUACCCUACGAACAAAUGGCAAAGCAGAAAAUCGAAUCUACCCAUGGCGAAAAGUUCACGAAUCUGGGCAUACCGUUCUCGAGAAUAGAUGCUGAAAGGCGUGAAAAAGAGUUGAAGGAGGAGCAGAAAAUAUCACGCGUCACAUCAUUAGUAAGCGACGCUGUGGCUAAAAAUGCGCUUGAAAGCCAGGACUUUUACAUAAUCUCGAUGGGAUACUUCUGCGUCACCUCGACCGGUAGCUACAUUCCUGCCGAGUUGGGUGUAAUACGGUACAGCCUGGAGGGUGGAGUGAAGGACAAACUGCAUAUGUUAAUUAAUCCCGGUCCGCUUCCUCUCGGGAUGGCUUUAGAGGCGCAGACACAUUCAGACGAAGAUCAUCAGCUUCCAAAUCCACCCAAUGCGAUGGGAGAGAAAGACUUUGACGAAAUUGCCAUGAAGCUGUUGAGCUUUCUGCUGAAGGGCGAGAGCAUGCCGUUGCUGUUCACGAACCAGGAUGAAGUCGCGGGUGUGGAAAAUAUGCUUUGCGAUAUUUUAGACCAACAUAUGGAAGGUUCGUCGCUAAUCGUGUGCAGGGUGUCACACCUAUUCUUCCAACUCAAGCAAAACGCGGAGAAGUACAUGAUGUCCCAUGUUAACUUCCCUUCGGAACACAUGGCCCAGCAAAUAAUCACCCGAGAUCCUUACGAUUUCACAAAAGGAAUUAGCUGUGAUUUUCACGAAGCAAAAGAUAACGUAAAGCAUUGUGCUCUUUCGCGGUGUGUACGAUGGGCGUACGUUAUUUCGGAUAACUGCUGCGUGGAAAUGGGCAUCGAACCGCUACCGGGCGUUCAUCUUCCGGCCAAUGCCAACAUCAAUCCAACUCCGUCCACCUGCGACACGAUGUCGUUCGUGUCACAGUGUUCCUAUAUGUCAAGCUCGAAUGUUAGCCAGCUCACCCAACCGGUGAUUGAGAGGCGGGCUUCUAGCUCCCUCAGCUCCCAAAUGCCUAAUGAAAGAGCCAGUGGAAGUGGUAUUGCCAACCCGCACACAAACCCAUGGGGUUGGCAGCCAGCCGGGCUAUAUCACCAGACCCAGCCUGAUGACGACAAAACCGAGCUGCAGGAAACCAUUAAACGUGAUGCAGAAACAAGCAGCUCAUCGUUCAAUAAGAGCUGGGGUGAGUCAGCACAGAAGCAAAUGAGCUAUGGUCGGGGCUCAAGUGUGGCAUUGAAGCAGGCAAAGACCAUAAUCGCGAACAUUCGUGGUGCUGGUCGAGGCCGAGGAAUGCUAGACCAAUUUCCACCGCUGGGUGGAACUGGCCAUCGCUAA